AUGUUUGCUGUCCCAGUACAACCCUACUUCCCUAUCAGCCCAUUAGAUAUCAAGUAUCAAGUGGUUCAAAGCCUAGGCAGAGAGGGGGGAGGUUUCAACGCGGGCAUCGAAGUCGUCCGGCGCAGGGUAGAUGGGCUGAUCUGCGUCCGUAAAAAUCUCGUCCUGAGGCCGCAUUCUACGCCCCACCACUGGCAGAUGGAGGCAAACAUGAUGAGCAGACUGAGCGGCCACCGAAACAUCUGCACGUUGAUCGAAGAAUACAUCUUGCUCGAGCGCGCCGAGCUAUAUAUCGAGUACUGUGGAAAGGGCACCCUGCAUGACUUCGCGACAUACAUGAAGAAUCAGAACAUUCAAGUCCCCGAGUCAUUCGUGUGGCAUAUGCUGUUUGGGAUAGUCGAGGCGCUGGGCUGGAUGCACGGUGGCUUUGUUAGCGGAUAUGAGAUGUUUCAUGCCAACGUGUUGUGCUUGCAGGGAUGGCUGCCUGUGGUGCAUAGGGAUAUUAAGCCGGAUAAUUGUUUCCUCCAGUUUUCCCCGUACGGCCCUUUGGGAUAUCCAACGGUCAAAUUAGGUGAUUUCGGUCUGGCUAUCCACGCGGGGGAUCUCAGUGGACUUACUGAGUCGAGCGCGCGGCUCUGCGCUCCCGGAUGGUACGCGCCCGAACACCCGAAUUGUAGCGAAUUCAGCGAUGUUUACCGGGCUGCAACAGUAGCUCAGUUCCUGUGCUUGCCCGACGGGAACGUGGGUAUCGCUAGGCAACUCCCAGGUAAUUAUAGUGUAGGCCUAAACAACUGCAUUAGACUAGGGAUGGAGGAAAACGUGCUCAAUCGUCCACUUGCUGCAACGUUUUACAGGAUCAUGCAUUCCCGGACCGACGUCAGUGGAGACUGGAUUACAGUUCCCCCACAGGCAUUCAAAGAUCUUGGAGUAUAG